AUGUCGACUAUUAGUGGAACCGUCUUCCGUCGAGGCGCUGAGCUCGCCGCUGUUCAUCUGAAGAGAGAGCCGUCUGACAAUCAGCCCCGGACAUCGCCAUGGAUGUUCGGCAUCUUCGGGCUGACCAUCCUCGCGCUCAGUGUGACCAUAUGGGCGGUCCAAUAUACACUGGGCAUGGUGGUCGCCACCUUGGCGGCGGUCGAGGAUACCAACCCCGACAUCUACGUCCGCAUCGACAAUAAUAACGACGACCCCAAUAAGCCCGUCAACCCGAACGAGCCCGAAAUGGCCGCUUCCACCCCCCUCCAGCCCAUCACCAGCAAGCUGCGCACGACCGUGCGGCAUCUGCGCGGCCGAGGCGGGUUCUGGUCGCCGUUCCGCGGUCUUAGCAUCUUCCUCGUCUACUCCCUCACUGGCGGCUUCAUCUGGGCCUUGCUCCCCACCCGUGACUCGUUCCUCGGUCAGUUCCUCGUCCAGUGUUGCGUCAGCAUGCUCCUGGCUACCUGGCAGAUGGCCUGGGUGCACAUCGUCAUCUCCGAGCCCUCGCCCAAGCCCUUCUACCAGCGCAUCCCCAGCUACCGGACCUGGCCGAAGAUUGCCCCCGCGGUGGCUCUGCAGGAUAUCCUCACUGCAGCCGGCUUCUUCCUCCCGCUGGCUUUCCUCGAAGCUGUUGGUCUGAUCGAUUUUAAGACCCCCAAGAACGAGAUUACGAUGAAAAUCGUGUGCAGCACCAUGGCCGUCUAUCUUAUCCCAGCCCUGUUUGCCUUUUUGAUUUCCAUCCCCGCCCGUGGUAUCUUCAUCCGUGUUGCUGCGUCGAUGCUUCCGGAGGAGGAUGAGUCGAUCGUGCCCUUUGACCGGUCCUUUGGUGGUAAGGUGAACCCCGCCAUCACCGGCGGCAGUGGCUGUCUCAGCCUCACCGAUGCGUGGGCUACCUUUGACUGGUCGGCUCGCGUCCGUUUUGGCAAAGUCAUCGGUAAGACGGUUUUGAUCCAGAUGGCGCUGGCUGUUGCGGCUGGGGCUAUCCUGGUUGGGGAGCUGAUGCUGAUGGGUCCUGGUGUCCUGGCUGUUGGCGCCCCUUCGGAUCCCCAGGGCAUGAGCAUGUAG